AUGCCGUCAGAUCUAGGAGACUACCUUGCCUCUCGCUAUCUUGUCGCAGAUCCCAAACCACCUACCAAAAAGCGGAAGCGCAAGCACCCCGCUGCGGCGGGGCUUCUCAUCACCGACGAUGACGACUCGACGUGGGCUCGCGCCAGCACGCAGCCAGACGAUGAAGACGACGGCAGCCCGAUGACAGUGUCUGGCACGACGGCCGAGUUUCGAAAGACCAAGAAGAGCAACUGGAAGAGGGUCGGGGAUGCUGCGGCUUCAGCCAACGACGACAAGGCCGCGGCAGAUGCCAUCCUCGCGGCGGCAGCUGCGGAUGCCGAGGCCGCCCGGGCCGGAGAGGACGAGGGCCCGGUCAUCGAAGAUGUUGCCGGCGCCGUGAAAAUGAGCGACGGGACACAUGCUGGUUUGCAGACGGCAGCGGCAGUUUCAGCCCAACUGAAACGACGGCAACGCGAGGAACAAUACGAGUUUGAGAGACACCGCAAAAGCGCCAAGGAGGAGGAGACUGUCUACCGCGACGCCACUGGACGAAGAAUCGACAUCUCCAUGAAGAGAGCGGAAGCGCGAAGAGUCGCCGCCGAGGCCCAGCAGAAGGAGCUCCAGGCCAAAGAAGCCCUCAGGGGCGAGGUACAGCUGGAGGAAGCCCGGGAACGAAAAGAGCAGUUGCGAGAUGCGAAGCUCAUGCCCUUUGCGAGGAACGUUAAUGACGAGCAAAUGAACCGGGAGCUCAAAGAACAAGACCGGUGGAAUGACCCCAUGACUCAGUUUAUGAGCGAGAAAAAGGCCACGGCGGGCAAGGGAAAGGCGUCCAAACGGCGGCCUGUUUAUGCUGGCGCCGCCCCUCCAAAUCGGUACGGGAUCAAACCCGGAUAUCGAUGGGACGGCGUGGACCGUGGCAAUGGCUCCGAGGCGGAGCGCUUCAAGGCAAUAAAUCGGCGGGAGAGGAACAAGGGAUUAGAGUACUCCUGGCAAAUGGACGAAUAG